CACUUCACCAAUCGAAGCAGAGCAUCUCGGAAGACGAAUCGAGCCGGCGGUGAAAACGAAAAAGGAAACCGGUAGGAGUCGACCGGAUCGAAGCAGAUUAGCGGCCAAAAGAUGCCUUCUUUGGAAGAUGCAAAAGAGCCGAUCGAGGUCCAGGUCCGCUCCGUGUGGGCCGAUAACCUGGAGGCGGAAUUCGACCUCAUCCGCGAGGCCGUCGAGUGUCACCCCUUCGCCGCCAUGGACACGGAGUUCCCCGGCGUCGUCCACCGCUCCCGGAAGCACCCCGCCAUCCUCUGCCCCGCCGAACGGUAUGCCCUCCUCAAGGCCAACGUCGACGCCCUCCACCUCAUCCAGGUGGGCCUCACCCUCUCCGACGCCGCCGGCAACCUCCCCGACCUCGGCGCCGGCGGCUCCGUCCGCUACGUCUGGGAGUUCAACUUUCGCGAUUUCGACAUCUACCGCGACCGCUACGCCCCCGAGUCCAUCGACCUCCUCAGGUCCAACGGGAUCGAUUUCGAGAAGAACCGGGCGCGGGGGAUCGACUCCCGGCGCUUCGCCGAGCUCCUGAUGUCGUCCGGCCUGGUGUGCAACGACUCGGCCGUGAGCUGGGUGACGUUCCACAGUGCGUACGACUUCGGGUACUUGAUAAAGAUCUUAACUUGCCGCAGAUUACCCAGCAAUCUGGGCGAUUUCAUGGGUUUGGUGAGGGUCUUCUUCGGGGACAGGGUGUUCGACAUGAAGCACAUGAUCAAGCACUGCCACAGCCUGUACGGCGGAUUGGAUCGCGUGGCGAGCACGCUCCAGGUCGACCGGGCGGUGGGGCGGUGCCACCAGGCGGGGUCGGACAGUUUGCUAACCUGGCAAGCGUUCCGACGGAUGAAGGAGCUCUUCUUCAUCGGCAACGACGACGGAAAGCACGCCGGAGUCCUCUACGGCUUGGAAGUCUGCUGAUACCGAAAUAAAAACAAAUGUUUAUUGAUUUAUUCGUUUGUACUAAGAGAAUCUUGUGUAUGCUAGCUAAGAAUUCAAUGCCAAAAAAAUGGGAUCUUCGAUGG